GUCCCUGGUAACAGAAAGUGCAGCGAACUUCAGUCCAGAAGAGAAGGUGACUGAAUCGUGGCGACCAUUCACCAUCCUCGGGACAUAUCAGGAAUGUUCCUAAUUUCUUGGCUCCCACCAGCGAAGAGACAAUGGAGGGGACCAUCGGCUCGCACUUCCAUCUCUCUUUGGACUUGGACUCGAUCCCGAAACCUCAUGAUCCAUCCUUACAAGCAAGCCAAACACCCUCCUAUCAUAAUUUUCUCCGCCCUCCCUUUCACUCCUCGCCAAGCAUUCCUUCCGGCUCGGCUCCCAUCACAACAUUCUAGAAGAUUGCGCAAGAACCUGCACAGAAAGCUAAAUAGAUUGCCUGCACAGGCAGGAUUAGCCUUAGUAGGAAGCUUAAUUUCGUGCAGGAAGCUUGACUUGUGUAGGAAACAUAGCUCCGGCCUUCCAAUUAAGGUUAAGAGGCAGAUGUCAGUGCCGUUCCGGGACGGGACAUAAGCUUAUCUCUCGCGUAUUUCGGCUGUCGUACGCGAGUGUGAUCCCUUACUAGUGUUAGUGUAGAGUUUGUUGACUUUGGCUCAUCGGAGAGUAGUUGGUAGAUUUUAG